UCCCUUUAUAUUAUAAUAAUGUUUAGUGUAUUCUGUCUUUCUUUCUGUCCCUAUAGCUCAUCAAGCUGGAUUUGUUGAGCUCCUCAAUAAUUCCAAAUUGACCCCUGAAUGAAUCCUUUGUCUUUGCCUUCUGCCGGACGGAACAAGGAUAUUGCAUGUUUUUUAAUCCAUAUUCUUGGAAGUUCUUCUGUCAGUUUUUAUUGAAAAAUUAAGUACACUGCUCCCUCUAUAUAUGGCAUAUCAGAUAUGUAUCUCCAAGACUCCAAACAAGAAAAAAGGUGAAUAAGUUGUGAAAGAGGUUUACUUGCUUGCUAUGGACUGGGAUUGGAAGGAAUUUCCUUGGGAUUCAAUUGAGUUGGAGCCAAAAGAGGACAGCAGCCUUGCUAGCCUGGUUGAUUCCAGUAGCUUGGCAGGGCAGAAGAAUAGAGGAGGAGGACUUAUGGUCGACUUGAAGCUUGGUAGAAUAUCUGAUUUGGAAGAGAGAUCUGCAGCUGGGUUGAAGGACUUGGGGGCUUCAACAAUGGUGUCAUCACCUUCAGGGUCGUCAAAAAGGGCUCGUGUGCUCGGUGGAACACAAUCUGUUUCAUGUUUAGUUGAUGGAUGCAAGUCAGACCUCAGUAACUGCAGGGACUAUCAUCGGCGCCACAGGGUUUGCGAGCGCCACUCUAAGACCCCAGCUGUGAUUGUAGGGGGCAAAGAGCAGAGGUUCUGCCAACAAUGCAGCAGAUUCCAUUCUUUGGGGGAGUUUGAUGAGGUCAAGAGAAGCUGCAGGAAACGUCUUGAUGGACACAACAUGCGUCGAAGAAAAUCUCAAUCAGAAUCCCUUUACCUGAGUUCUGAGAAAUUUCUGUCCAAUUAUAAAGGUACUAGAAUCUUGCAAUUCUGUAGUCCACACAUAUAUGCUAGUGGAACUACUACUAUGAGAAGUACCUGGCCUGGAAUUCCCAGAAGUGAAGCAGAAUCAAAGAUCUAUAAUAGUCAGCAACGAUUGCAUAUUACUGACAGAAAAAGAUCUCCAAAUUCCUUUGCCUUCAUUUACAAUGAGGAAAAUAAACUGUUCUCAUUCUCACAGGAAAAUGGCACUAAGCUAGGCACUCAAGCAGUCCCUAAAGCUUCCUUCUACCAAUCACUUCCCAAUAGCAUUGCUUCAUCAGAAAGUGGAAGGGGCAACAAUAAUAUGUCAUCCAGUGGCAUGACACAAUCCAUUGACUUGGGUUGUGCUCUCUAUCUUCUGUCAUCACCUCCAACGUCUCAAACUUCAGCAAUUGGUUUGAGCCAAUUGGUCCAGUCCAGUGUGAGCCAUCCAAUUCAAUCAUUAGAUUCCGGACAGCAAUUAACCGGAGUGGCUCAGUACUCAUGCUCCCAGGGAGUGAGGGACAAGUCUGCAGGUCUAGUUUUUGUUCCUGAUGCCAAUGAAACCAACAUGUAUUGCAAUGAUAUGUUGUUUCAAGGGGCACUUGAUGCCCUUUUGGAAAAUGAGGCCUCAUGAACACUUUGAAUUUCAUGGGAGUAUUCAGCUCAUCAGGUAAUUCUGUUGGGGAAUGUUCUCCAGUCUUCAGCUUCAAUAAUAUAUUGGGGAGCAGGACAAUGAAAGAAAUGCCCCCUUGCUACUAUUUGUGGAGUAUUGUUGAUUUCCUUUUCUCAUAGAGUAUGCAUGCAUUGUCUGAUAUACUUGUAUUGGAAUGCAGAUUAUUCUCCAUCCAUACUAUUUGUCAAUUUGUACUAUUAUGCAUGCUAAACUCUUAUCUAUGCUAUUUAUUCAACGCAUGAGUAUUUUAUUUUGGUUCU